AUGAGUGCAGUUCCUGAUACAAUAAGCUUUCCGGAUGAAGAGGAGAAGAUUUUGAAAGUCUGGAACGAAAAUGAAACGUUCAAAAGGUCUUUGAAACUGGCAAAGGACCGACCACAUUUCACAUUCUUCGACGGCCCUCCAUUUGCCACUGGUCUACCUCACUAUGGCCACAUACUUGCUGGCACCAUAAAGGAUGUAGUAACAAGAUGGGCACACCAGAACGGUUUUUACGUUGAGCGACGUUUUGGAUGGGAUACUCACGGACUCCCGGUGGAGUACGAAGUGGACAGAGCAUUGGGUGUAAAGUCUCCUAGUGACAUUUACGAAAUGGGAAUUGAUAAAUACAACGCAGAGUGCAGAAAGAUUGUCAUGCGAUAUGCAGGAGAAUGGGAAACUGUAGUAAAUCGCAUGGGUCGUUGGAUAGAUUUCCGCAAUGACUACAAGACCCUUUAUCCUUGGUUUAUGGAAAGCGUCUGGUGGGUCUUCAGUGAACUCUUUAAGAAAGGGCUUGUUUACAGAGGAGUAAAGGUGAUGCCAUUCUCUACAUCAUGUAACACUCCGCUUAGUAAUUUCGAAGCUGGGCAGAAUUACAAAGAUGUUGUAGAUCCAGCUGUUUUCAUCGGUUUCCGUCUGGAUCAAAACCGGAACCGCAUGAUGGUGGCGUGGACAACAACUCCAUGGACGCUGCCAAGUAAUUUAGCACUCUGUGUGCAUCCAGAUCUGGACUACGUAGUUGUCAAAGGUUCUUUUUUGUAUAAAAUGCCUAAAAGUCGUGAAAUAUGUGAAACAGAGGCUAAAACAGAGAAUUAA